GGGGGAGCAGGGGGGAAGCUCCCAUGUGACUCACAUUGCAGGGAAGAAACAAAUGCUCCGCCUCCCUGAAAUGUUUCUGUAUGCCUUUGUGUGAACUGCAGCUUUUACAAAGGAUUGUUGCACCCAGCUGAUUGUUCCUGUGCCUCUCACUGCCUCUUUACCAAGAGAAAACAACAGGUUGACACGUAUUCCUCAUGUGAUUUCAGACGUUUACAAGAACAAUGCCAGUCCCUUUGAAGAACCUGCAGCAAAUGGCCCUUUACUUGGGUGUGGUGUCUGGUGGAGGAUGCGCCUUGAUGUAUUACUACAUGCAGAAGACAUUUGCAAAGAAGGAAUAUUACUUGUCUGCCCUUGAGAAGCUUAAUUCCCAUUCAGAAGCUCUUGAGAUAUUAGGAGCACCACCCCUUAAGGUUUACAAUCUCCGGCUGACAGACAAAAACAACCAUGUUGACCAAUCAACAGCUCAGAUCAAGAUUCCAGUCUCAGGAACGUUGUCAGCUGGGCACCUUUAUACCACGUCUGUCAGAGACCGAGUAAAUAACAGGUGGUCUCUUCAGGAAGUCAUCUUGCAACUGAAUAAUGGUCUGCGCAUUCCAAUCCAUGAAUCCAAUGUGGCAGAUGGAGAUGAAAAGGAAACUUUAUAAAAUAUUUUUGUUAAGAUAAUAAAACCGUUUUUUCAUAUGCUGCAUGUUUAUUAAGGGAACUGAUACCUAAAAUAAAUAUUUAUGGGUGAUA